GCGCCCAGGAGCAGCGGCAGGGCGGGGAACAGCAUUGGGGGCAUGCUGGCCCUCCCUGCCUCUGUCUGUCCGCCCUCUAGGUGGCCUCCUCCGGCCGUUCGGGAAAGGGGCUCCCUCUCGGGCCGGUCCACCCCGGACGCCUCUGCUGCCGGCCGCCGGCCUCACACACACGGUUUCGGCGGAGACCUCUAGGCCCCUUCGCUCCUCCAGUUCCCUCCCCAACGGCCUCUGCCCCCGCCCCCUUCCCGCCCCGCCCGCCUGUCCCCGCCCCUCGGGCGCCACUGCAGCGCGGAGGGCGCGAGCCCCAUUUCCCGGGGCCCCCUCUGGCGCCUCGAGGAUCCCGCGGACUUCGGGCAAAAUGGGCUGUCCUGGGGGCGCCGCCAUCGAGCCACCCCUCGCUGGCAGCUCCCGACUGCCGACGGAGUCCCACUUCGCUCGCUUGGCCUCGUUAACCCGCAUAACCACUUUCCCCAGGGGUCCCGGCUCCCCUUCCUGGGCGGGUACUGAGAUAACUCUCUCUCCCCUCCCUCAACUCCUCUGUGGGCAGAACUAAGCGAGGCCCGUCACAACCCACGUCCUUAAUCCCUGGUUCUGGGGACCAGCCGUUGCCCCGCUUCGGACUCUGAUCUCCGCCCGGACCUUGUACCCCUGGAUCACUAGCUUCUUCGAGCCCAAGACGAACACGUUUACCUGCCUCUACCUCGUCCCGCACCGAGGCAGCUUUGUCCGACAGCCACAGCGGCCUGAGCCAGACUGAGGGUCCCUCAUGAGGGGCCCUUCCAGUGGUCAUUCCACGUGGGAUUGUUCAUCUGUGCCUUCGCAAGGCUGACCAGAAGCUGGUGAUCAUCAAGCAGAUCCCAGUGGAACAGAUGACCAAGGAGGAGAGGCAGGCAGCCCAGAAUGAGUGCCAGGUCCUCAAGCUGCUCAACCACCCCAAUGUCAUUGAGUACUACGAGAACUUCCUGGAGGACAAGGCGCUCAUGAUCGCCAUGGAAUAUGCACCAGGUGGCACCCUGGCUGAGUUCAUCCAGAAGCGCUGUAAUUCCCUGCUGGAGGAGGAGACCAUCCUGCACUUCUUUGUGCAGAUCCUGCUGGCGCUGCAUCACGUGCACACCCACCUCAUCCUGCACCGGGACCUCAAGACCCAAAACAUCCUUCUAGACAAACACCGCAUGGUCGUCAAGAUUGGUGACUUCGGCAUCUCCAAGAUCCUUAGCAGCAAGAGCAAGGCCUAUACGGUGGUGGGUACUCCAUGCUACAUUUCCCCUGAACUGUGUGAGGGCAAGCCCUACAACCAGAAGAGUGACAUCUGGGCCCUGGGCUGUGUUCUGUAUGAGCUGGCCAGCCUCAAGAGGGCCUUUGAGGCUGCGAACCUGCCAGCGCUGGUGCUGAAGAUCAUGAGCGGCACCUUUGCGCCCAUCUCUGACCGGUACAGCCCUGAGCUGCGCCAGCUGGUUCUGAGUCUUCUCAGCCUGGAGCCUGCACAGCGGCCACCGCUCAGCCACAUCAUGGCGCAGCCACUCUGCAUCCGGGCGCUCCUCAACCUCCACACCGACCUGGGCAGCGUCCGCAUGCGGAGGGCAGAGAAACCCCUGGCCACCGGGCCACCCAUGGCCCCCGGCAGCACAGGGGGCAGGACCACCAGUGGCCGUUGCAGAGGUGUCCCCCGGGGACCUGCCCGGCCGGCCAUUCCGCCGCCGCUGUCAUCGGUGUACACGUGGGGUGGCGGGCUCAGUGUGCCGCUGCGGCUGCCAAUGCUCAACACAGAGGUGGUCCAGGUGGCAGCGGGGCGCACGCAGAAGGCUGGCGUCACGCGCUCCGGGCGCCUCAUACUUUGGGAGGCCCCGCCCCUAGGCGCUGGAGGGGGCCCCCUCCUCCCUGGGGCGGUGGAGCAGCAGCAGCCCCAGUUCGUCUCCCGUUUCCUGGAGGGCCAGUCGGGUGUGACUAUCAAGCAUGUGGCCUGUGGGGACCUCUUCACGGCCUGCCUGACUGACCGAGGCAUCAUCAUGACCUUUGGCAGUGGCAGCAAUGGGUGCCUAGGCCAUGGCAGCCUCAAUGACAUCAGCCAGCCCACCAUUGUGGAGGCCCUGCUGGGCUAUGAGAUGGUGCAGGUGGCCUGUGGGGCGUCUCAUGUGCUGGCCUUGUCCACUGAGCGGGAACUAUUUGCCUGGGGCCGCGGAGAUGGUGGCCGGCUGGGACUAGGCACCAGGGAGUCCCACAGCUGCCCCCAGCAGGUACCCAUGCCCUCAGGACAGGAAGCCCAGCGGGUUGUAUGUGGCAUUGACUCCUCCAUGAUCCUCACUGUGCCCGGCCAAGCCCUGGCCUGUGGGAGCAACAGGUUCAACAAGCUGGGCCUGGAUCAUCUCUCCCUAGGGGAGGAGCCUGCCCCACACCAGCAAGUGGAGGAGGCCCUGAGCUUCACACCACUAGGGUCUGCACCCCUGGACCGGGAGCCCCUGCUGAGCGUGGACCUGGGCACUGCUCAUUCAGCUGCUGUAACUGCCUGUGGUGACUGCUAUACAUUCGGCAGCAAUCAGCAUGGGCAGUUGGGUACCAUCGCUUGCCGGGUCAGCCGGGUACCUUGUCAAGUCCAGGGCCUCCAGGGAAUCAAGAUAGCAAUGGUGGCCUGUGGGGAUGCCUUCACUGUGGCCAUUGGGGCAGAAAGUGAAGUGUACUCUUGGGGCAAAGGGGCCCGAGGUCGACUGGGAAGGAGGGAUGAGGAUGCUGGACUCCCUAGGCCAGUGCAGCUGGAUGAGACACACCCCUACACAGUAACUUCUGUGUCCUGUUGCCAUGGAAACACUCUCCUGGCUAUCCGCCGGCCCAAAUGCGUUCUUUCUCCUCCAACCCUCAAGUCCAGCGGUCACAGACGAGCCAGUCCCCCCUUGAGGCACCUGGAUACACCUCUGGACGACCCUGAUACCGCUUCUCCUGUAAAUGUUCUUGAAAAGUACAGGUGCCUCAGGCCUGACCAGCCCCCUGGAUUGUAUCAUCAAUGGGGUAUAAGAACCAGUAAAGCCCCUGCUCUGCCUUUGGCCCUGGCUAUGUAAAACUCAACCCACCCUAUUCCCCCAACAUCCCUCUUUCCCCUCCCCACCCCUUCUUAUCUUUAGUCAACGUCCCCAGGGUUCAGCCUGGCUAGAGUUGGAGACCAGAUGUAACUUUCGGAAGCAGGGAGGUCUCCAGAGCCUCUGCAGAAAAAGGCUGGAGGUCGCUGUGGCUCCACCUAGACGCUGCCCCUCCCCCAGCCCAGUUAGAAAAUAAGUCGCUGGUGUCUGCUGGGAGCGCAGCUCAGUGCUUUGGAGGAAGGCAAGCUGGGGCCUGCCUGUUCUGGCCAUUCCAGAGGCCUAGCCCCUGCAUUGCCUGGGGCAGGGAGGUCCCAGGAGCGCUACCACCCGCCCCCACUCCUAUAUCCCGAGGCACGGGUUUACACAAUCUGAGCGCCUCCCUUCCCCGGGGGGAGUGCAUGGGCUGCGGUAUGCUGUAGAGGACAGCCCUGCUGAAGCUUGCCCUUCACCCCAUGCCAUUCCCCCAAAGCACGUUGGGAGAAAGGGUAGCUGGCUGGACCAGACUAGUUUCCCAGAUGACUGGGAAGUAGCGCCAAUAAAAAA